UUUUUUUUAUGUGCGUGGCCGUGGACCGCCAAUGACGUUUAACUUCGUUUUCAUCUCUUCUUCUUCCUCUCCUCGUCCUCGUCCUCCAUUUUUUUCGGUGAAAGAAGAAAAACAGAAAGAAAUAAGGAAGAGAAGGGCUCGUUGGUGAGGGACUUAGGGGUGGAUAGAGAGAGAUCUGCGCGUAUUCGAUAUCGAGAUCUCCGAUUCGUUUCCAGAAUCCUCUCUUUCGUCACCGGCUCUGAUUCUGCCAAGUUUCUUAGAGGUUUAUUUAUACCGCUCUGUCAAUCCAUUUGGAACUCUCUUGCUUAGAAACUCCGAAAAAACUGGAAUAUAUGUCCUCCUAUCAUUAGGGCAUUAUUUGCACGAGCUCAUGAGUUCAUGACUCAUGAGCUACCACAAACUCUGAGCUGUCUCUGGAGCAAGUAUUGUGUGUGUUUUCUUUUUGCUGCCUGCUAAGUUUCUCUAGAUUAGAUGGAAAAUAAACCAAGUGUUUUGACCGAUAAAUAUGAUGUUGGGAGGUUACUGGGUCAAGGUACUUUUGCCAAGGUGUAUUAUGGAAGGAGUAUUCUUACUAACCAGAGUGUUGCUAUCAAGAUGAUCGACAAGGAAAAGGUUAUGAAAGUUGGCCUUAUCGAACAGAUCAAGCGAGAGAUAUCCGUUAUGAGGAUUGCUAGACACCCUAACGUUGUGGAGCUAUAUGAAGUCAUGGCAACAAAAACAAGGAUCUACUUUGUGAUGGAGUAUUGUAAAGGUGGUGAGCUUUUCAACAAGGUUGCCAAAGGGAAAUUGAGAGAUGAUGUUGCUUGGAAGUACUUUUACCAGCUUAUCAACGCAGUUGAUUUUUGCCACAGCCGAGAGGUGUAUCAUCGUGACAUUAAGCCAGAGAAUCUAUUGCUAGAUGAUAAUGAGAAUCUCAAGGUAUCUGAUUUCGGGUUAAGUGCCCUUGCUGACUGCAAGCGACAAGAUGGCCUCCUCCACACUACUUGUGGUACACCUGCAUAUGUUGCUCCUGAAGUGAUCAAUCGAAAAGGCUAUGAUGGCACAAAAGCAGAUAUUUGGUCUUGUGGGGUGGUUUUGUUUGUUCUGUUGGCUGGCUAUCUACCUUUCCAUGACUCCAAUUUGAUGGAGAUGUACAGGAAGAUAGGAAAGGCAGAUUUUAAGGCCCCAAGCUGGUUUGCUCCAGAAGUGCGUAGGCUGUUGUGUAAGAUGCUAGACCCUAACCCUGAAACUAGAAUCACCAUCGCCAGAAUCCGGGAGAGUUCUUGGUUCAGAAAAGGUUUACAUAUGAAACAGAAAAAGAUGGAGAAACGAAUUAAAGAGAUGAAUUCUGUGGAAGCUGGUGUUGCAGGUCCAAGUGAGAACGGAGCAGGUCCAAGUGAGAACGGAGAAGGCCCACGUGAGAAUGGAGACAGAGUGACGGAGGAAAACGAUACUGACGAACCUACAAAUUUGAACGCUUUUGAUAUAAUUGCCUUGUCUGCUGGGUUUGAUCUGGCAGGACUGUUUGGAGAUGUGUAUAACAAGCGAGAGUCUAGAUUCACAUCCCAGAAACCUGCUUCAGUGAUUAUAUCUAAGCUAGAGGAGGUAGCACAACGAUUGAAACUGAGCAUAAGAAAGCGAGAAGCAGGUUUGUUCAAACUGGAACGUUUAAAGGAGGGAAGAAAAGGAAUUCUAUCAAUGGAUGCAGAAAUAUUCCAAGUAACGCCAACGUUUCAUCUAGUGGAAGUGAAGAAAUCUAAUGGGGAUACUCUGGAGUAUCAGAAAUUAGUGGCAGAGGAUCUUAGACCUGCUCUGUCAGAUAUUGUGUGGGUUUGGCAGGGCGAGAAAGAUGAGCCUACUUCACAGCAAGAGACAGAACAAGAACAGCAACAACAGGAAGAAGCAUUGUAGUUUGAAAAUUUGUUUCUGUCAAGUUUUGAAUUUUGCUUAACACUGAUGUUAAACGUAUAUGAUUUUCUUACAUUUUUCGUUUGUGAAAAAAAGGAAUCCUUCAUAAUAUAAAGUUGUUUACAGACA